GCCUCGGCAAGAAUGAAACUGUUAGCUGCGGACGACAGCCACCCACUGGUGGCUUUUUCGCACACAAAAGCCUACGCCAGGAGCCAUAACCCAUGGGGUAGAUCACGCAGCUCGAACUUGGCUGCCUUGUGCACCUGAGGGAAUCCCACCAUUUACAAGAGUCAUGUUUCGAGGAAGAAUAUAUACCUCUCCAACGAGAGCCUGCUAUUGGCCCUGAACCAUUCCUACAUCAACUUCCAUUCAUUCACGUCGACCAUUCAAGAACAACAUGGCUCAAACCGACGAUGUCAAUACUAAUGGUGCCAAUGGAGGGCAUCCAGACUCUGCCGCUGUUGUCUAUACGGAUUACCUAAUUGUUGGUACCGGUCCAGCCGGUUCUUCACUAGCAUGCUUUCUCGCACAGAAUGGGUUGACCGGUUUGAUUGUGAGUCAAGAUCCCGGCAAUGCCGGCACACCGAGAGCACACAUCACCAACAUGGCAGCGAUAGACUGUCUCCGAGACAUCGGAGUUGACAAAGAAUGUUACACGAUAGGGACAUCUGGAGACUCGAUGGUACACACCCGCUGGUCUAAUAGCAUGGCUGGCGAAGAGUAUGCGCGCAUAUACUCGUGGGGCAAUGAUCCGAAGCGAAAGGGUGACUAUGAGCUCGCCAGCCCGUCAGAUCCGCUGGACUUGCCUCAGACGCUUCUGGAACCAAUACUUACAAGGUACGCAACGCUCAACGGCUUCAGCUGCAGAUGGAACACCAAAUUUGUCUCGUUUACGCAGGACGACAAAGGCGUCACGACCACCCUCCAUGAUAAGGUGAUGGGCCAAGACUUCCGAGUUCGGUCAAAGUAUCUGUUCGGCGCAGAUGGCGCGCGCAGCCCGAUCAUCAAGCAGCUCGGGAUUCCGAUGAUCAAGCGCCCGGACCAAGGGUACGCCAUCAACAUCCUGAUGGAGGCCGACAUGUCGCAUCUCAUGGAGAACCGAAUGGGAAAUCUACACUGGCUAUUGACUCCAGACAAGGAGCACCCAGACUACGCCUGGAUCGGGUGCAUUCGAAUGGUGAAGCCCUGGCACGAGUGGUUAUGUAUCAUUUUCCCGACAUUUGGCACCGAACGUAAGGACCGAGACCCGUCAGAGUACAUUAAGCGCGUCCACGAAUUCAUUGGUGAUGACACGGUCGAGGUCAAGAUCAAGGGCAUUUCGACUUGGAUGAUCAAUGAGACGGCGGCCGAGGCGUACUCGAAAGGAAAUGUGUAUUGCUUGGGCGACGCCGUGCAUCGACAUCCUCCAAACCAUGGUUUAGGGAGUAAUACAUGCAUACAAGACGCCCACAACCUCGCGUGGAAGGUUGCUUAUGUUGACAAAGGAAUUGCUGGCAAGGAACUGCUAGACAGCUAUAGCGUCGAGCGGCAGCCCGUCGGUCUCGACGUCGUCACGCAAGCCAACGCAUCUCUGCGCAACCACAAAAAGAUCUGGGAAGUCCUAGGCAACCUGGAGCCGACGGUCGCGGCGCGCGUCGAAGCAUUCAAUGUCCUGAAAGAAGACUCGGAGCGAGGUCGAGAACGCCGCGCCGACUUACAAGACGCCUUGCGCCUGAUCAACCGUGAAGAGCACGGUCUCGGCAUCGAAAUGAAUCAGCGAUACACGUCGACGGCAGUGCACAAGGCCGACCAGGGCCCGCAGCCGGCCUUCGCCAAGGACCCGCUCGAGCACUACCACCCGACGACAUACCCUGGCGCGCGCGUCCCACAUGUCUGGCUCAGCAGAACGGUGCCGUCGAAGGCAACCUCAACGUACGAUCUGGCCGGCAAGGGCCACUUCAGUUUGUUCACGGGCAUUGGCGGAGAGGGCUGGCGCGGCGCCGCGGAAAAGGUUGGCAAAGACCUUGGCGUGCCGUUGGAAGUGUACUCGAUCGGCUUCCGACAGGAGUACGAGGAUCGAUACCUUGACUGGGCUAAGAUCAGAGACGUGACUGAGUCGGGCUGUGUGCUGGUUCGGCCUGACUUCUUCAUCGCGUGGAGAAGUCAGAACUGGGAAAGUGAUAGUCCGGAAAAGUUGUUGAACGUCAUGAGAUCAGUGCUAUUACGGAGUUGAACCAACUGAGUCAGAGAGAGAGAGUUGCAUCGUGUGUACGGUCCACCACUUGAG